AUGUCUUUAAAUUACAUCAAGAACUUCUAUGAAGGAUGUCUUAGGCCUCCAACGGUGAUUGGCCAAUUCCACACGCUUUUCUUUGGCUCGGUUCGAAUGUUCUUCCUUGGUGUUUUGGGUUUUGCAGUUUAUGGGAACGAAGCCUUACACUUCAGUUGUGAGCCAGACAAGAGGGAAGUUAAUCUAUUCUGUUACAACCAAUUCAGGCCUAUAACCCCACAGGUAUUCUGGGCUUUACAGCUAGUGGCCGUACUGGUACCUGGAGCCAUUUUCCAUCUUUAUGCUGCAUGUAAAAGCAUCGCUCAGGAAGAUAUCCUCCAAAGGCCUGCCUACACCGUUUUUUAUAUUCUCUCUGUUCUGUUAAGGAUCAUCCUUGAAGUUGUGGCUUUUUGGCUUCAGAGUCAGCUCUUUGGUUUCCAAGUGAACCCACUCUACAGAUGCAGUGAUGCAAGAGUCCUUGAUAAAAAGUUUAAUAUUACCAGAUGCAUGGUACCAGAACACUUUGAAAAGACUAUCUUCCUUAUUGCUAUGUACACAUUUACGGUGAUUACAAUUAUGUUGUGUAUUGCAGAGAUUUUUGAGAUCUUGUGCAGAAGGUUGGGCUUCUUGAAUAGUCAGUAA